ACAAACAAAGACAAGAAAGCACUUUUUAACACCCGGCGCAUCGGCCACCUGAACAGUAAGCCGCCACUACCACCAGUCCUACGCAGUGGACUGUACCAGCCUGAUAGGGGGUUCAUACCUAUCAACCUGCGCACGCGGUGCGCUCGAUCUGCGCUCGAGCCGGAUCGAUAA